AAUCACCAUACAAUCGAUUGUAAAACAUAUAUAUAUAUAUGUAAAUAAGAGAGGAAUCCGACUGAGAGAAUUUAUAGCACAAAUUACUUUUUAGGGAAAGCCCAUAACUGUAGCUACUACACUAUUGGUUAGCAAGUACAAUACACACCGAAUCCAAUAAAUUACCAAGUAUCGUUGUGAUUUGCAAUUGCAGGAAAGAGAGUACUAGUUUCAUCAAUCAUACAUAAUUACAUAUACAUAAGCUUCAACUUGGAAAAGGGAAAUGGAGGAACAAAGUUUACAACAUGGGCAGAUUAUUGAGAUCAGAGGUGAUGUUUCUGUUCGAGAGAGGAAUGCUGGAGCGAGUAAGAUUUGUGGGGAAGCUGCCUGUGGUUUCUCCGAUGCUGGAUCUAGCUUAAAAGAUGCUAAAGAACGAUCAACUUCCAUGCGCAAGCUCUUAAUAGCAGUGGUUCUUUGUGUUGUCUUUAUGAGUGUUGAAGUAGUUGGAGGCAUCAAAGCCAACAGUUUAGCAAUAUUGACAGAUGCAGCACAUUUGCUCUCAGAUGUUGCAGCAUUUGCCAUAUCCUUGUUUUCUUUGUGGGCUGCUGGCUGGGAAGCCAAUCCUCGCCAGUCUUAUGGGUUCUUUAGGAUUGAAAUUCUUGGUGCUCUAGUCUCCAUUCAACUCAUAUGGUUGCUGGCAGGGAUAUUGGUGUAUGAAGCCAUUCUCAGACUCAUUAAUGAGACUGGUGAAGUGAAUGGCUUUCUAAUGUUUAUUGUAGCUACAUUUGGUCUAGUGGUUAAUAUCAUUAUGGCUCUGUUGUUGGGCCAUGAUCAUGGCCAUGGACAUGGACAUGGUGAUCAUGAUCAUACCCAUGGAGUGACAGUUUCUGCUCAUCAUCAUCAUCAUCAUCAGGAUGAGAAACAUUCAAAAGCUGAGCAUCAUCAUACUUAUGAAGGUCAUACACACGAUCAUGAAUCUGAAGAACACAUUGAACCGCUGUUGGAUAAACCAAAAGGUGAACAAGAAAAGAAGCAACGAAACAUAAAUGUACAAGGAGCUUAUCUCCAUGUCCUUGGGGACUCCAUCCAGAGUAUAGGAGUAAUGAUUGGUGGGGCAAUCAUAUGGUAUAAACCUAAAUGGAAGAUAGUUGAUCUGAUAUGCACCUUAAUAUUCUCGGUUGUUGUGUUGGGGACGACCAUCAAAAUGCUGAGAAGCAUACUUGAAGUCCUGAUGGAGAGCACACCGAGAGAGAUUGAUGCCACAAAACUCGAAAGAGGACUGUUGGAGAUGGAGGAAGUUGUGGAAAUCCAUGAGCUACAUAUAUGGGCCAUAACAGUGGGGAAGGUCUUGCUAGCUUGCCAUGUCAAGACCAGACCAGAAGCCAAUACAGACAUUGUGCUGGACAAGGUGGUAGAUUAUAUCAGAAGGGAGUAUAACAUCAGCCAUGUAACCAUACAAGUUGAGCGUUAGAGGCUCUUUGGAGCAGAAGAUGAGUAUAGAUUGGAGUGCUACAAGUUCUGUUGCUGCACAUACUUUUGUUAACAGUAGGUGCUUCAGAUUUUGAGCAUUUUAUCUAUGUUUGGACAACAUAUUGUCCAUUUUUUUUUUUUUUUUUUGAAUUUUAGUAAAAUUGUUAAUGUUUAGUGUUGAAUACUUUGUAAGUUGGAUUUAAUAGAUCGAAUGUCGAUUCAUAUGUGUCUGUUGAACAAUGAGUAAAAGGUAUAGGCUGGCUUUUGGGAGGA